CAAAAAAAAAGUAACCACCCACCAUGGCGCGCCCUCUCGACCCCCUCGGCUUCGAAGACGAAAUGUGCCCCGUCUGCAAAUCGCGCAAGUACCUCAACCCCGACAUCGUCUUCGUCUUCAACCCCGAAUGCUAUCACUCCAUGUGUCUCAACUGCGCCAACAGACUCUUCAACGACGGACCCAACCAAUGUCCGCACGCCGGCUGCAACAAAACGCUGCGUCGCAAGGGCUUCCGCUCGGCUUUUUUCGGCGACUUGGCCGUCGAGCGCGAGGUCGACAUCCGCCGUCGCGUGGCUGCGGUGUUCAACCAAGUCGAGGACGACUUUGAGACGCUCCAGGAUUAUAAUAAUUACCUGCAGAUGGUGGAAGAUUUGACGUUUGAACUUGUCAAUGGGACGGAUGAGAGGAGACGGCAGGCGGAGGCGCAAUUGCAGGCAUGGGAGGCGGAGCACAGGGCGGAUAUUGAGCGGAAUAAGAAGGCGGGGAGGGAGGCGGAUGAGAUUUCAAGAAAGAGGCUGGCAGCCGAAAGGGAUGCUGUGCGGCAGAGGAGGAUUGAGGCUAUCAAGGAGGCGGAGGCGGAGAAAAGAGAGAGGGUGAGGAGUCGCGAAAUGGAGCUGGAUAAUCUGGCCAAGGGAACCACUGCUAUGACAGCGGAGCCGGCGACGAAGGUGCAGCUAAAGAGGCGUGGGCAGGUGAAUCGGGUUGCUGAAACAGCUUCCAACCCUACCAUCGCAACAACGGGAAUGGGCACGGGCGCGUCAGAGGUUGAGCGCUUGUCCAUCCGCGGCUUGAAGGAGAAGCCGAAGGCGCCGGCGCCACAGGGCCCGUACGACCCCUUUGGAGGCAUGGACUUCGCGCCUAGUCGGUACAAGCUACAUGGAGGCUUGAGUCACCCGCUCAUGGAGAAGUACCGGUUGGACAGACAGCACGUUGCUGGUGGGUACAGCUUUGACGACUUUGCGGCGCGCGCCUUGUAUGAAGCGUUUGCUGGGUUGGGUGUGUUUGUUGAGGAUGAGAAGGAGGCUGGCAGUGGUAUUGGGUUGUCACAAGAGACGAGCAUGGCGGCGGGGAUGGCCGCUGUGGGUGACGCGGAUAAGAUGGAUUUGGACUGA